AUGUAAAUCAUGUAUACGUGUGUGUUGCAUUAUUGCUUUCUCUUCAUUUCCUUCCAUGGAAUUCGGUUCCUCAACAUCCAAACUCCAAUGGAAGUUUGAUGUGCUUAUCAACUUCACUGGAGAAGACAUCCACAAGAAAUUUGUUUCUCAUCUCGAUUCUGUCCUCUCUGCUAAUGGGCUCACCACUUUCCUACACCACCAGAAUGCAUUGCAGCCAAUGCACAUCCAACAACCUAUUCUCAAUCUCUGUCGGGUAGCAAUUGUUGUUUUCACCAAAACCUAUUCUCAAUCUGCUUGGUGUCUUCAUCAGCUUCAACAAAUCAUUCAAUGGCACCAAACUUAUACCCGACAUGUUCUGCCCGUAUAUUACGAAAUUCAGCCAUCUGAUGUACGUCUUCAGAAGGGUGAUUUUGGAAAAGCCUUCAAAGCAACUGCACACCAAACAUUUUCAAGACCACAAUUGGAGCAUGGCAUGUCUAGGUGGAGCCAUGCACUCACCCAAGCUGCAAAUUUCUUUGGAUGGGAUGAGAGCAAUUACAGGAGUGAUGCCGAACUAGUGGACACAAUUGUUAAAAGCAUUCUUAAUUUACCAGUCUUGUCUGCUACUAAAUUUCCAGUUGGAUUACAAUCCCGCGUGGAAGAUGUGAUUCAAAUUAUAAAAGAUAGAUCCUCGGAAGUUUGUAGGAUAGGGAUAUGUGGAGAGGGAGGAUCUGGUAAAACCACCCUUGCCAAAGCUAUUUAUAAUCAAAUUGAAGGUACAUUCAUGGAAAAAAGUUUCAUUGAAGAUAUUGCACAAGUUAGUGAAAGAAGAGGGAUUCUUCAUUUACAAAAACAGCUUCUUUCGGAUGUUCUCAAAUCAAAGGUGGAGAUACAUAGCGAUGAGAUGGGGAAAAGUAUGAUUCGGGAAAGACUUUAUCGGAAAAGGCUGCUCAUUGUACUUGACGAUGUGGAUGAUUAUUGUCCAAUCGAACUACGGGACAGUAAUUCAUGUUUCGCUGAAGGAACUGUAAUAAUCCUUACUAUAAGAAAUGAAGACAGUUGGAUUACGAAACAAGUUCAUCCUAUUGUUCACACAAAUCUAAUGAACCCAAAUGAGUCCCUCGAGCUUCUUAGUUGGCACGCAUUCAGAGAAGCAAGACCAACAGAGGAAUUCCAUUUCCUUGCGAAAACAAUAGUUGCUUAUUGUGAAGGACUAGCUCUAGCUCUUGAAGUAAUUGGAAGCUAUUUAUAUGAAAAGACGGAGGAAGAAUGGAACAGAGUAUUCUUAAGAUUACCCAACACUCCCGAAAAUAAAUUUUCAGAGAUAUUGGAAAUAAGCUUCGAUGGUUUACAUAAUCAAAUGGAAAAAGAUAUAUUCUUUGAUGUAUGUUGUUUCUUUGUUGGUACGAGCAGAGCCUAUGUCACCAAGAUCCUAAAUGGCUGUGGAGUAGACUCUGAUAGUGGAAUAAGAGUUCUCAUAGAACGUCACCUCAUAAAAAUUAAAAAGAACAACAAACUUACAAUGCAUCCUGUGCUACAAGAAAUGGGAAGACGAAUUAUUGUUCAAAAUUCUUUAGAAAACGAGCUUGGGUCGAUUAAACCAGUGUGGAUUGAUAUCGAUGGAAAAUAUACCCUGCUAGAGAAUAUGCUCUUUUCAUCACGGGGGGCAAAAGUCAUUCGGGGAUUGCCUUCAGGAAGAGAUUUAUUCGAACGUUAUCCUUUACAGGUAAGAGAUCCACCAAAAUGGACGAAACGCACAGGAAAUUCUGAGAACCUUUCUCAGAGAUGGAUCAGUUUGCAAGGAUUUCCUUCAGAAUACCUACCUCAAGACUUUUAUCUGCAUCAGGCAAUUAUCAUUGAGAUAAAACACAAUCUUCUUCGGUUCGUCUGGAAAGAACCCCAGGUUUUGACUUUGCUAAAAGUCCUUAAUCUUAGUCACUCCAAGUACCUGAGAAAAACCCCUGACUUUUCGGGGCUACCAAGUCUUGAACAACUCAUUCUCAAAGAUUGCCCAAGAUUGCGCCAAGUACACCAAUCUAUUGGAUGUCUCUACAAUCUUACACUGCUAAAUUUGAAGGAUUGUCCAAGGCUAAACAAUCUCCCUAGAGAGAUAUAUAUGUUGAAAUCUUUAAAAACUCUCAUUGUUUCUGGUUGUUCGAAGAUUGACCUAUUGGAAAAAGAUAUAGUGCAAAUGGAGUCUUUGAUAACUCUAGUUACUGAAAAUACAGCUGUGAAAGAAGUGCCUUUUUCAAUUGUAAGCUCAAAAAACAUUGGAUAUAUAUCCUUACGCCGAUUUGAGGGACUGUCACGUAAUCUUUUACCUUCUAUCAUUCGGUCUCGGAUGUCAUCAACAAUGAAUCCCCUUUCUUAUAUCCAUUCGUUCAAGGAAAUGGAGGAUAAUAAUUGGGAUGAUAUUGCACCAUCUUUCAGCAACCUUGCCAAUCUUCGAAGUGUUUUUGUGCAGUGUGACCCUGAGUUUCAAUUAUCUAACCAACUACAAACUAUACUGGUUGAAUAUGGUGUAAAUAUUACAGAAUCAGUAAUUUCACAACACCACUUCAGGUCCUCCUUCAUUGGUGUCAGAAGAUACAAAGAAAUCUUCGAUGCUGUCAGUGAUAGCAUGUCUCAGGUAUUGGCAAGUAGUGAAUCAUGUGAUGUUUGUCUCCCAGGUGACAACGAUCCUUAUUGGUUGGCCUAUACGGGUGAGGGACAUUCUGUUUCUUUCACUGUGCCUCCGGAUCGUGACAUAAAGGGAAUAGCUUUCUGUGUUGUUUAUUUAUCAACCUCCAAAAUCAUUGAACCUGAACUUAAUACUGUCUUAAUUGUUAAUUACACCAAGAGCACAUUACAUAUACACAACCAUUGCACAGUAAUUACGUUUAGUGAUGAAGAUUGGCAUGACAUAUUGUCAAAUUUAGGAUCCGGAGACAAAAUCGAGAUUUUUGUGGCUUUUGAUCAUGGAUUGGUGGUUAAGAACACUGCUGUGUAUCUGAUCUAUGGUGAGCCAAAGAAAAAUUCCCUCAUUAGAUUCAUAAAGAAAAUUGUAAUGUGAAUUGGGGCAGGUCAUUUUAUUUUAUUUUUUUUAACAUUAUUAUCUUUAAUAUAAACAACCCACAUAAAAAUAAAUUUAAAUAUCAUCUUUCAUUUAUUAAUUAGGUUUUCUUAAAUUUAUUAGAAAGUUUAUGUGUACAUUAAUUUAUUCACUCAUUAAAAAGAAAUACUCAUAAUAGAAGACUUGGUUUAUGUGUACAUUAAUUUGCGACUUUUGGCUUGGAAGAAUUGAU